GUUAGCAGCUUUUAUUAGUUUAACAGGAUUGCUCUGUUAUUGACCUAUGUCCAUGGAAUUAUUCUUAUCAUUUCCUUAUCGGACCUUGCCUUCUCGCGUUCUGUUCCUUGGCUCUUGAAAACAGCACAGGUCCGUGUGUUUUGUGUAAUUCAACUUGUUGAAUACCAGCACCCUGCCCUCUGAAAGGAGUGCUCAGUGUUCAAGGUUCAGGAAGAUAACGAUAGGUGAGUGGCUGACGUAUAGCUCGUGUUGUGUUACCAGAGGCUCAUAUCAGGUUACAGUAGACGGCAGCUUGGCUGAAGCCGUAGCUGUAUUCAGACCGCUGUCGCUCGAACAAACCAGGAACUGGGACUAACAAAGGAGUUUUAAAGAAGCUAAAGAAGCUAACAGAGGGCUUCCUGUUGUUUUAAGAAGAGCGUUACCAUGGGUAAGAAGACACAACACUGUCUGCUGCUUUUUCUGUGUUUGUCAGGGCUUGUUCACUAUUCAGCUGCCUUGGUGUUUUGGACAUCCAUGGUGGAAAUAACAUAUGUUAACAGCAGCAAUGCGACUGUGGACAAAUACUGCGAGUGUGGGGUGUAUGGCCGUAACUCUCCCCUAGAGCAAGCCUCAGGCAUUGCUACACUUCCCAGGGGAGACCCCAAAGGCUGUGGCUCAGAUCCUGUCUACAAUCCCAAUUCAAGCCACCUGACUUGGAUAGCCCUGGUUAAAAGGGGCAACUGCACCUUCAGCGAGAAGAUCAAUGCUGCUUAUCGUCAAGGAGCAGCCGCUGUGGUGGUGUAUAAUGUGGAUGGCAGUGGCAACAGCACCAGUCACAUGGCACACUCGGAUGCAACAGAAAUUCCGGCUAUCAUGAUUGGCAACUCUCAGGGCAUGGAGGUUGUCAAUUUGGUGAAGAAUGGGACAGUUGUGGAGUUAACUAUUACAGUAGGCAGCCCUCACGGACCCUGGAUGGACACAUACUGGCUUUACUUUUUGUCUAUCGCCUUCUUCAUUGUGACCGCAGCCUCCAUCUCCUACUUUGUGUUUAUCUCUGCAAGUCGUCUCUAUAGUCUGAAUAUGCAUCGGCGCACUGAGAGGAAGCUGAAAUCUGAGGCGACAAAGGCGAUCAGGCGUCUACAAGUACGCAAACUCAAGACCGGGGAUGAGGAAACUAAGUCCGACUCCGAUAUGUGUGCCGUGUGUCUUGAAUCCUACAAAGCAGGGGAAUUGGUGACUGUGUUAACAUGUGAACACAUCUUCCACAAAGCUUGCAUCGAGCCCUGGCUGCUGGAGAGGAGGACCUGCCCCAUGUGUAAGUGCGACAUCCUGAAGGCCCUGGGGGUUGAGGAGGAAACAAAAGAGAGCCUUUCUGCUGAGUCACCACUAGAGGUCACUGUGAUCACAGUGACAGGAGGAGAACCCAUGUACGAAGUCCCACUGACUGACCCAGCGAGCCCUGACCCAGAGAGACUUCAGCAUCGCUAUGACAACAGGGCCUUCGAGGGAGACUCGGCGGCUGGAAGAAGAUGAACAACAAAAACAAACCAGGACAGUCAAAUUCCCUGUUUGAAAUAGAUAUUUUUUUCUGGGAUACACUGAACCAGCACAACGGAUUCAAACUAAUGUUCCAACAGCAGAAACAGUGUUCGUCCUGUAAUGCUCAAAUAUAUAUCAAAAGAAUGGCACUGCUUCCUCUUUGGGUCUGUCUUGGUGCAAGUGUGUACAUAUUAGGUGUGUUCACAAAGUGACUUUUAGUUUAGAUGGUUAGAAUAGAUUUUAAAAAGUGAGUAGUCAUGGAGUGAUGCCAGUGUCAAAUUACUGCUUUGCUUAGUAAACACACCAGCUCGACACUGGCCACGGAGGAAGUGCAGUUGAGGAUUUAAAUAUCUAAGUAAACUCAGGGCCAAAUUUUCUCCAACAAAAAGCUUGUUGGCUCGCAUUGCUGACACUCCCUCACAAUUGACCAUUGUCUUUUACAUUCAGAGCUGAAUUUAUCUCUAUUGAUUCAAUUCAUUUGAAUAAUUAGACUUUUAUUCUGCUCUAUAUUGCAGUAUGUUUUUUUUCUUCCAUUUUCAUUGGCAGGUUGUCAGGCUUAAUUUAUAAACACACCCUUAUGAACACACCCAAAACAGGAAAUGCAGCAUGACACGCAUUGCACUGCAAUGAGUGAAUAACAUCACCUGAGGGGCAAUGACUCUUAAGAAUUACGGUCCGUAGAAACAUGUUUGCCACGUAUGAAAUAAUCAUUUUCAAGUCCUUUUUAUAAUUUGUGAGCCUCUAGCUACUUUUGAAAAUGUGGCAAUGCAGUAAAUGUCAUAACAUCUUUAGAUGAUAUGCCUCCAAAAAAAAUGAUGUCUUUAAUGUUGGAUAGGGGAAAUGAUCUCUAUGUCUAAUGGAUUUUGCAUGUGUGUAUAUUGAGCUUUAUUUAUCAAUCAUGUCAAGUUCUAUCUGUCAGUAUAAAUGUAAUACAUAAUUUAUGUAUAGUCAUUUUCCUUCUUAAAACUGCUGAUGUUCAUGUGCAAGCACACAUUGUUGUCCUUAAACAAGUCUUCCAAGUUUUUCUUUUGAAUUAUUUGGAAAGGUGUUUAUUAAAUUCAUAUGGUCUACCUCUGAACUCUCACAUGUGUAAAUGAUGGAACAUGUUUUCAGAUUGUUGAAAUUCCACGAUUAAGUGUGUCCCUCGGUAAAUGAUAAAGCUAAAGAAUUGUGUAAUUUCUUUGUUUGCUGGUGGGGAUAUGCUGAUUAUGGCACUAGAUAUAUUUUUCUAUAUUAAAUCAUUAUUACUACUGUUUUACAGAUUCCAGGAGUCUUACAUUGUUCUGUAGAAAUCAACAUUACUUGCUGUAUUAAAUCACAUUGAUGCUUAUUAGAAUGCAAUAAAUCCCUCAAAAUGAGGCCAACUUUA